UCUGUUGCCGGUAAAGAGAUAAGCAAUGCAAUUGUGGCACCCUCACCGCCAGUGUCGAGCAAGGGAGUCGUGUUUUGUCGCCGGCCUGGGUUUGGCCAGAUUGGAACUAGAUGUCUUGUGAAAGCUAACCAUUUCCUUGCCCAGUUGCCUGACAAGGACCUGAAUCAGUAUGAUGUGACGAUUAUACCUGAGGUUCGCUCGAGGAGCGUGAAUAGAGCUAUAAUUGGUGAGCUGGUUAGGGUUUAUAGAGAGAGCGAGCUAGGGAUGAGGCUGCCUGCUUAUGAUGGGAGGAAGAGUCUUUACACUGCUGGGUCUCUGCCUUUUAGCUCGAAGGAGUUCGUUGUGAAGCUCACGGAGGAGGAUGAUGGAAUGGUCGCGAGGGAGAAAGAAUACCGGGUGGUUAUCAAGUUUGCUGCUCGCGCUGAUCUUCAUCACUUGCGUCGGUUUAUGGAAGGGAAGCAGGCUGAUGCGCCACAAGAUGCUGUUCAGGUUCUUGAUAUAGUGCUGAGGGAGUUGUCGAAUCAGAGGUAUCUUUCAAUUGGGCGGUCUUUCUAUUCUCCUGAUAUUAGGAAACCACAGAGGCUGGGUGAUGGGUUGCAGUCAUGGUGUGGAUUCUAUCAGAGCAUUAGACCGACUCAGAUGGGUCUUUCGCUGAAUAUUGAUAUGUCGUCUACAGCAUUCAUAGAACCCCUGCCUGUGAUCGAGUUUGUAGCUCAAGUUUUGGGCAAAGAUGUGUCCUUAAGGACGAUGUCUGAUGCUGAUCGUGUUAAGAUCAAGAAGGCUCUUAGAGGUGUAAAAGUUGAAGUCACUCAUAGAGGAAGCGUACGAAGGAAAUAUCGAGUUUCAGGAUUGACAUCUCUUCCUACUAGAGAGCUGAUUUUCCCAGUUGACGAACAAAACAACAUGAAAUCUGUGGUUGAAUACUUCAAAGAAAUGUAUGGCUUUACAAUUCAAUAUUCUCACCUGCCUUGCCUUCAAGUAGGAAAUCAAAAGAAGGCAAAUUAUCUGCCAAUGGAGGCAUGUAAAAUAGUUGAAGGACAGAGAUAUACAAAGAGAUUGAAUGAAAAGCAAAUUACUUCCCUGCUAAAAGUUACCUGCCAGAGGCCCAGAGAACAGGAGAUGGAUAUACUGCAGACAGUUCAUCAAAAUAGUUAUGACCAAGAUCCUUAUGCAAAGGAAUUUGGAAUCAGCAUCAGCGACAAACUUGCCUCCGUCGAAGCUCGAGUUCUUCCAGCUCCUUGGUUAAAAUAUCAUGAAACUGGAAAAGAAAAGGAGUGUUUGCCUCAGGUUGGACAAUGGAAUAUGAUGAACAAGAAAGUAAUAAAUGGUUGCACUGUAAACCACUGGGCUUGCAUCAACUUUUCACGUAGCAUUCAAGAAAGCACUGCUCAUGGAUUCUGUCAAGAGCUAGCUCAGAUGUGCCAAAUAACUGGCAUGGUAAAAUUUUCUACCCAAAUGGAGAAUUUGACUUUCUCAUGUUUUAGUUUCCUUGUACUGAUGAAAACUACUGAGGCAACAGUUAGGGAUGUUCUUGAAAGACUGCAGUUGUUUGAUCCAACAAUGGACAGCACGCAUCAAUAG